UGGUGUCAAAAUAACCUUUGUUGAUUUACGAAUUUAUAUGCAAGAUCUAACUACUGCAGAACGUUUUAUUUACAUUGAUGAUGAAGUGCCAGUACAAGAACUAACUGAUGAAGAAAUUAUUAGAGCAGUGAAGCCAAACCUUGAGGUUAACAAUUCUGAUGAGGAGGAAGAAGCGGAAAUGGUAUAUAGUUCUUAG